UCCACAUCAUGGAUUCCUUUUCCAAACGACUACUUAAUCGACAUGAGCUGGUUAACUAAAGAAAUACGCAUUUAAUUGUACCAUUAAUAUGGCAUAAACUUCCGUUGAUGCAACAAGGAUCUUUAUCAAACCAUCAACUGGGACAAAACGAUGGCUGCUCGAAUGGGGACGGUUUUUCGUAUGCUGUUGCUGUUAGGCAGCUUGAUUCAUUUAGCUAACGGAGCACGUCCAUUAUUUGAUCCACCCUAUUGGACAACAGUUCUUCCAGAGGUCAACACCACCGCGGGAACAAAUAUAACGAGAUUUACCGCUACAGAUGCAGAUGGUGAUAAUAUUAGUUACAGCUUGCAAUCCAACGCUCAUCCAUGGUUCAGAAUCAAUAACACCACUGGAGAUCUGAUAGUUAACAAAACACUGGACAGAGAGGAAAUGGGUGCCGGGGAUGGCUCGUUUAGAUUCGAGGUCUAUGCAAGCGACGGCUCAUCACCUCAGGGAAAGCUUACAGCCAUUCUAACAAUUACUGAUAUCAACGACAAUGCGCCCGCCUUCCAAAAUACACCGCUGACCGUGUCAUGCUCUGAGAAUAGGCCGAUAGGUCUCACUGUGGCUACUCUGACUGCAACAGAUGCCGAUGCAACGACCAAUGCCAUUAUCACGUUUGUAAUUGUAUCAGGAAAUGAGGGGGAAGCGUUCAGCAUCGACAAGGUCACUGGUGAUAUCACCAUCUCAAAGCCUCUUGACUACGAAAAUGGUCCAAGGGUGUACACACUCAACAUCUCAGCGAUGAACAACCACACAGACCUAAUGUUACAGAGCUUCGGAGUGGUGACCAUUAAUAUAACAGAUGUAGACGACCUUCCGGCGAACUUCUCACAAAAGCUGUACGAGGCGCACAUUGAUAAGAAUUCACCAUUGGGAUCUCUUAUCACUCAAGUUCACGCAAAAGACAUGGACUCUUUAAACGCUCCUGUAGAGUAUAGCAUUUAUCCAGAUAGCGAUCCUGGUGGAUUAUUUGCAAUCAAUAAAACAAGUGGUGAAGUCACUGUGGAUGGAAAUUUAAGGAAUGGAGUAUACAGUUUGAUAGUAAACGCAAAAAGUACAACACAGCCUCUCGCAUUUACACUGGUAAAAGUGACGGUUAGUACUUUGUCAAACUUGACGUACGACGUGUCAAUAUUGGAGGGAGAGGCUAACGUACAAGUGAUGGACUUGAAGCCAGCCGAGUCGCAUUUCAAUGUGUCCGGAGGAAAUUUUACCUUUUUCAGUAGUUCCGGGUCCAUGUUUUCUAUCAAUGGUACUAACCUGAGAGUUGGGUCAACUCCGCUGGACAGAGAAACUGCUGCACAACAUGUAUUGGAUAUUUCACUCACUGAAGGAGGCACAAUCAAAGGCUUUGUCAAGGUCACAGUAAACAUUCUUGAUAUAAACGACGAGACACCUUUGUUCCAAUCUCCUUCUUUUAACGUUUCCGUGAACGAAAUCGAGAGACUGGGCACCGUGUUCCUCACAGUAUCAGCAACAGAUGGCGAUGCCGGUGCGAAUAGUGCGCUGACAUAUUCCAUCGCGGCCGGCAACGAAGAAGGGUUUUUUUCGAUUAAUAACAAGACUGGAGCGAUUUCGGUGGCAAAACAGCUUGAUCGCGAGACACGUGACCAAUACACGCUGACUGUAAUGGCUCAAGAUGGGGGCGAGCCGCCCCUGAACAGUACAACCGCAGUCGCCAUUCAAGUGGGUGAUGCGAAUGAUAAUCCACCUGUCAUACAAGACGCUGUCAUUCAAGUAUCCUUGAGUGAGACGGCUGCAAUAGACACUCCAGUAGCAACAGUGAUAGCAUCUGAUAAAGACAUCGGUGCCAACGGACGCCUCAUGUACAGCAUCGAAAACGGCGCACAUGGGCACUUUCAGAUCAAAGACUCGAGCAGUGGGGCGAUCAGUCUGGCUGGCAUGCUUAGCUACAAUCAGCGGAACAAUUACAUUGUGGUUGUUAACGUAACAGACGGAGGUUCCCCGGCCCUAAAGUCACGUGCUAUGGUGGUGAUUGAUGUGACGCCGAAACCCCGAAACUUGACGUAUGACGUGUCAGUAUUAGAGGGAGAGGCUAACGUACAAGUGAUGGACUUGAAACCAGCCGAGUCGCAUUUCAAUGUGUCCGGAGGAAAUUUUACCUUUUUCGAUAGUUCCGGGUCCAUGUUUUCUAUCAAUGGUACUAACCUGAGAGUUGGGUCAACUCCGCUGGACAGAGAAACUGCUGCACAACAUAUAUUGGAUAUUUCACUCACUGAAGGAGGCACAAUCAAAGGUUUUGUCAAGGUCACAGUAAACGUUCUUGAUAUAAACGACGAGACACCUUUGUUCCAAUCUCCUUUUUUCAACGUUUCCGUGAACGAAAUCGAGAGACUGGGCACCGUGUUCCUCACAGUAUCAGCAACAGAUGGCGAUGCCGGUGCGAAUAGUGCGCUGACAUAUUCCAUCGCGGCCGGAAACGAAGAAGGGGUUUUUUCGAUUAAUAACAAGACUGGAGCGAUUUCGGUGGCAAAACAGCUGGAUCGCGAAACACGUGACCAAUACACGCUGACUGUAAUGGCUCAAGAUGGGGGCGAGCCGCCCCUGAACAGUACAACCGCAGUCGUCAUUCAAGUGGGUGAUGCGAAUGAUAAUCCACCUGUCAUACAAGACGCUGUCAUUCAAGUAUCCUUGAGUGAGACGGCUGCAAUAGACACUCCAGUAGCAACAGUGAUAGCAUCUGAUAAAGACAUCGGUGCCAACGGACGCCUCAUGUACAGCAUCGAAAGCGGCGCACAUGGGCACUUUCAGAUCAAAGAUUCGAGCAGUGGGGCGAUCAGUCUGGCUGGCAUGCUCAGCUACAAUCAGCGGAACAAUUACAUUGUGGUUGUUAACGUAACAGACGGAGGUUCCCCGGCCCUAAAGUCACGUGCUAUGGUGGUGAUUGAUGUGACGCCGAAACCCCGAAACUUGACGUAUGACGUGUCAGUAAUGGAGGGAGAGGCUAACGUACAAGUGAUGGACUUGAAGCCAGCCGAGUCGCAUUUCAAUGUGUCCGGAGGAAAUUUUACCUUUUUCGAUAGUUCCGGGUCCAUGUUUUCUAUCAAUGGUACUAACCUAAGAGUUGGGUCAACUCCGCUGGACAGAGAAACUGCUGCACAACAUGUAUUGGAUAUUUCACUCACUGAAGGAGGCACAAUCAAAGGCUUUGUCAAGGUCACAAUAAACGUUCUUGAUAUAAACGACGAGACACCUUUGUUCCAAUCUCCUUCUUUUAACGUUUCCGUGAACGAAAUCGAGAGACUGGGCACCGUGUUCCUCACAGUAUCAGCAACAGAUGGCGAUGCCGGUGCGAAUAGUGCGCUGACAUAUUCCAUCGCGGCCGGAAACGAAGAAGGGUUUUUUUCGAUUAAUAACAAGACUGGAGCGAUUUCGGUGGCAAAACAGCUGGAUCGCGAGACACGUGACCAAUACACGCUGACUGUAAUGGCUCAAGAUGGGGGCGAGCCGCCCCUGAACAGUACAACCGCAGUCGCCAUUCAAGUGGGUGAUGCGAAUGAUAAUCCACCUGUCAUACAAGACGCUGUCAUACAAGUAUCCUUGAGUGAGACGGCUGCAAUAGACACUCCAGUAGCAACAGUGAUAGCAUCUGAUAAAGACAUCGGUGCCAACGGACGCCUCAUGUACAGCAUCGAAAGCGGCGCACAUGGGCACUUUCAGAUCAAAGACUCGAGCAGUGGGGCGAUCAGUCUGGCUGGCAUGCUCAGCUACAAUCAGCGGAACAAUUACAUUGUGGUUGUUAACGUAACAGACGGAGGUUCCCCGGCCCUAAAGUCACGUGCUAUGGUGGUGAUUGAUGUGACGCCGAAACCCCGAAACUUGACGUAUGACGUGUCAGUAUUGGAGGGAGAGGCUAACGUACAAGUGAUGGACUUGAAGCCAGCCGAGUCGCAUUUCAAUGUGUCCGGAGGAAAUUUUACCUUUUUCGAUAGUUCCGGGUCCAUGUUUUCUAUCAAUGGUACUAACCUGAGAGUUGGGUCAACUCCGCUGGACAGAGAAACUGCUGCACAACAUGUAUUGGAUAUUUCACUCACUGAAGGAGGCACAAUCAAAGGCUUUGUCAAGGUCACAGUAAACGUUCUUGAUAUAAACGACGAGACACCUUUGUUCCAAUCUCCUUCUUUUAACGUUUCCGUGAACGAAAUCGAGAGACUGGGCACCGUGUUCCUCACAGUAUCAGCAACAGAUGGCGAUGCCGGUUCGAAUAGUGCGCUGACAUAUUCCAUCGCGGCCGGAAACGAAGAAGGGUUUUUUUCGAUUAAUAACAAGACUGGAGCGAUUUCGGUGGCAAAACAGCUGGAUCGCGAAACACGUGACCAAUACACGCUGACUGUAAUGGCUCAAGAUGGGGGCGAGCCGCCCCUGAACAGUACAACCGCAGUCGCCAUUCAAGUGGGUGAUGCGAAUGAUAAUCCACCUGUCAUACAAGACGCUGUCAUACAAGUAUCCUUGAGUGAGACGGCUGCAAUAGACACUCCAGUAGCAACAGUGAUAGCAUCUGAUAAAGACAUCGGUGCCAACGGACGCCUCAUGUACAGCAUCGAAAGCGGCGCACAUGGGCACUUUCAGAUCAAAGACUCGAGCAGUGGGGCGAUCAGUCUGGCUGGCAUGCUCAGCUACAAUCAGCGGAACAAUUACAUUGUGGUUGUUAACGUAACAGACGGAGGUUCCCCGGCCCUAAAGUCACGUGCUAUGGUGGUGAUUGAUGUGACGCCGAAACCCCGAAACUUGACGUAUGACGUGUCAGUAUUGGAGGGAGAGGCUAACGUACAAGUGAUGGACUUGAAGCCAGCCGAGUCGCAUUUCAAUGUGUCCGGAGGAAAUUUUACCUUUUUCGAUAGUUCCGGGUCCAUGUUUUCUAUCAAUGGUACUAACCUGAGAGUUGGGUCAACUCCGCUGGACAGAGAAACUGCUGCACAACAUGUAUUGGAUAUUUCACUCACUGAAGGAGGCACAAUCAAAGGCUUUGUCAAGGUCACAGUAAACGUUCUUGAUAUAAACGACGAGACACCUUUGUUCCAAUCUCCUUCUUUUAACGUUUCCGUGAACGAAAUCGAGAGACUGGGCACCGUGUUCCUCACAGUAUCAGCAACAGAUGGCGAUGCCGGUUCGAAUAGUGCGCUGACAUAUUCCAUCGCGGCCGGAAACGAAGAAGGGUUUUUUUCGAUUAAUAACAAGACUGGAGCGAUUUCGGUGGCAAAACAGCUGGAUCGCGAAACACGUGACCAAUACACGCUGACUGUAAUGGCUCAAGAUGGGGGCGAGCCGCCCCUGAACAGUACAACCGCAGUCGCCAUUCAAGUGGGUGAUGCGAAUGAUAAUCCACCUGUCAUACAAGACGCUGUCAUACAAGUAUCCUUGAGUGAGACGGCUGCAAUAGACACUCCAGUAGCAACAGUGAUAGCAUCUGAUAAAGACAUCGGUGCCAACGGACGCCUCAUGUACAGCAUCGAAAGCGGCGCACAUGGGCACUUUCAGAUCAAAGACUCGAGCAGUGGGGCGAUCAGUCUGGCUGGCAUGCUCAGCUACAAUCAGCGGAACAAUUACAUUGUGGUUGUUAACGUAACAGACGGAGGUUCCCCGGCCCUAAAGUCACGUGCUAUGGUGGUGAUUGAUGUGACGCCGAAACCCCGAAACUUGACGUAUGACGUGUCAGUAUUGGAGGGAGAGGCUAACGUACAAGUGAUGGACUUGAAGCCAGCCGAGUCGCAUUUCAAUGUGUCCGGAGGAAAUUUUACCUUUUUCGAUAGUUCCGGGUCCAUGUUUUCUAUCAAUGGUACUAACCUGAGAGUUGGGUCAACUCCGCUGGACAGAGAAACUGCUGCACAACAUGUAUUGGAUAUUUCACUCACUGAAGGAGGCACAAUCAAAGGCUUUGUCAAGGUCACAGUAAACGUUCUUGAUAUAAACGACGAGACACCUUUGUUCCAAUCUCCUUCUUUUAACGUUUCCGUGAACGAAAUCGAGAGACUGGGCACCGUGUUCCUCACAGUAUCAGCAACAGAUGGCGAUGCCGGUUCGAAUAGUGCGCUGACAUAUUCCAUCGCGGCCGGAAACGAAGAAGGGUUUUUUUCGAUUAAUAACAAGACUGGAGCGAUUUCGGUGGCAAAACAGCUGGAUCGCGAGACACGUGACCAAUACACGCUGACUGUAAUGGCUCAAGAUGGGGGCGAGCCGCCCCUGAACAGUACAACCGCAGUCGCCAUUCAAGUGGGUGAUGCGAAUGAUAAUCCACCUGUCAUACAAGACGCUGUCAUACAAGUAUCCUUGAGUGAGACGGCUGCAACAGACACUCCAGUAGCAACAGUGAUAGCAUCUGAUAAAGACAUCGGUGCCAACGGACGCCUCAUGUACAGCAUCGAAAGCGGCGCACAUGGGCACUUUCAGAUCAAAGACUCGAGCAGUGGGGCGAUCAGUCUGGCUGGCAUGCUCAGCUACAAUCAGCGGAACAAUUACAUUGUGGUUGUUAACGUAACAGACGGAGGUUCCCCGGCCCUAAAGUCACGUGCUAUGGUGGUGAUUGAUGUGACGCCGAAACCCCGAAACUUGACGUAUGACGUGUCAGUAUUGGAGGGAGAGGCUAACGUACAAGUGAUGGACUUGAAGCCAGCCGAGUCGCAUUUCAAUGUGUCCGGAGGAAAUUUUACCUUUUUCGAUAGUUCCGGGUCUAUGUUUUCUAUCAAUGGUACUAACCUGAGAGUUGGGUCAACUCCGCUGGACAGAGAAACUGCUGCACAACAUGUAUUGGAUAUUUCACUCACUGAAGGAGGCACAAUCAAAGGCUUUGUCAAGGUCACAGUAAACGUUCUUGAUAUAAACGACGAGACACCUUUGUUCCAAUCUCCUUCUUUUAACGUUUCCGUGAACGAAAUCGAGAGACUGGGCACCGUGUUCCUCACAGUAUUAGCAACAGAUGGCGAUGCCGGUGCGAAUAGUGCGCUGACAUAUUCCAUCGCGGCCGGCAACGAAGAAGGGUUUUUUUCGAUUAAUAACAAGACUGGAGCGAUUUCGGUGGCAAAACAGCUGGAUCGCGAAACACGUGACCAAUACACGCUGACUGUAAUGGCUCAAGAUGGGGGCGAGCCGCCCCUGAACAGUACAACCGCAGUCGCCAUUCAAGUGGGUGAUGCGAAUGAUAAUCCACCUGUCAUACAAGACGCUGUCAUUCAAGUAUCCUUGAGUGAGACGGCUGCAAUAGACACUCCAGUAGCAACAGUGAUAGCAUCUGAUAAAGACAUCGGUGCCAACGGACGCCUAAUGUACAGCAUCGAAAGCGGCGCACAUGGGCAGUUUCAGAUCAAAGAUUCGAGCAGUGGGGCGAUCAAUCUGGCUGGCAUGCUCAGCUACAAUCAGCGGAACAAUUACAUUGUGGUUGUUAACGUAACAGACGGAGGUUCCCCGGCCCUAAAGUCACGUGCUAUGGUGGUGAUUGAUGUGACGCCGAAACCCCGAAACUUGACGUAUGACGUGUCAGUAUUGGAGGGAGAGGCUAACGUACAAGUGAUGGACUUGAAGCCAGCCGAGUCGCAUUUCAAUGUGUCCGGAGGAAAUUUUACCUUUUUCGAUAGUUCCGGGUCCAUGUUUUCUAUCAAUGGUACUAACCUGAGAGUUGGGUCAACUCCGCUGGACAGGGAAACUGCUGCACAACAUAUAUUGGAUAUUUCACUCACUGAAGGAGGCACAAUCAAAGGCUUUGUCAAGGUCACAGUAAACGUUCUUGAUAUAAACGACGAGACACCUUUGUUCCAAUCUCCUUCUUUUAACGUUUCCGUGAACGAAAUCGAGAGACUGGGCACCGUGUUCCUUACAGUAUCAGCAACAGAUGGCGAUGCCGGUGCGAAUAGUGCGCUGACAUAUUCCAUCGCGGCCGGAAACGAAGAAGGUUUUUUUUCGAUUAAUAACAAGACUGGAGCGAUUUCGGUGGCAAAACAGCUGGAUCGCGAAACACGUGACCAAUACACGCUGACUGUAAUGGCUCAAGAUGGGGGCGAGCCGCCCCUGAACAGUACAACCGCAGUCGCCAUUCAAGUGGGUGAUGCGAAUGAUAAUCCACCUGUCAUACAAGACGCUGUCAUUCGUGUAUCCUUGAGUGAGACGGCUGCAAUAGACACUCCAGUAGCAACAGUGAUAGCAUCUGAUAAAGACAUCGUUGCCAACGGACGCCUAAUGUACAGCAUCGAAAGCGGCGCACAUGGGCAGUUUCAGAUCAAAGAUUCGAGCAGUGGGGCGAUCAAUCUGGCUGGCAUGCUCAGCUACAAUCAGCGGAACAAUUACAUUGUGGUUGUUAACGUAACAGACGGAGGUUCCCCGGCCCUAAAGUCACGUGCUAUGGUGGUGAUUGAUGUGACGCCGAAACCCCGAAACUUGACGUAUGACGUGUCAGUAUUGGAGGGAGAGGCUAACGUACAAGUGAUGGACUUGAAGCCAGUCGUGUCGCAUUUCAAUGUGUCCGGAGGGAAUUUUACCUUUUUCAAUACUUCCGGGUCCAUGUUUUCUAUCAAUGGUAAUAUCCUGAGAGUUGGGUCAACUCCGCUGGACAGAGAAACUGCUGCACAACAUGUAUUGGAUAUUUCACUCACUGAAGGAGGCACAAUUAAAGGCUUUGUCAAGGUCACAGUAAACGUUCUUGAUAUAAACGACGAGACACCUUUGUUCCAAUCUCCUUCUUUUAACGUUUCCGUGAACGAAAUCGAGAGACUGGGCACCGUGUUCCUCACAGUAUCAGCAACAGAUGGCGAUGCCGGUUCGAAUAGUGCGCUGACAUAUUCCAUCGCGGCCGGCAACGAAGAAGGGUUUUUUUCGAUUAAUAACAAGACUGGAGCGAUUUCGUUGGCAAAACAGCUGGAUCGCGAGACACGUGACCAAUACACGCUCACUGUAAUAGCUCAAGAUGGGGGCGAGCCGCCCCUGAACAGUACAACCGCAGUCGCCAUUCAAGUGGAUGAUGCGAAUGAUAAUCCACCUGUCAUACAAGACGCUGUCAUUCAAGUAUCCUUGAGUGAGACGGCUGCAAUAGACACUCCAGUAGCAACAGUGAUAGCAUCUGAUAAAGACAUCGGUGCCAACAGACGCCUCAUGUACAGCAUCGAAAGCGGCGCACAUGGGCACUUUCAGAUCAAAGAUUCGAGCAGUGGGGCGAUCAGUCUGGCUGGCAUGCUCAGCUACAAUCAGCGGAACAAUUACAUUGUGGUUGUUAACGUAACAGACGGAGGUUCCCCGGCCCUAAAGUCACGUGCUAUGGUGGUGAUUGAUGUGACGCCGAAACCCCGAAACUUGACGUAUGACGUGUCAGUAUUGGAGGGAGAGGCUAACGUACAAGUGAUGGACUUGAAGCCAGCCGAGUCGCAUUUCAAUGUGUCCGGAGGAAAUUUUACCUUUUUCGAUAGUUCCGGGUCCAUGUUUUCUAUCAAUGGUACUAAUCUGAGAGUUGGGUCAACUCCGCUGGACAGAGAAACUGCUGCACAACAUAUAUUGGAUAUUUCACUCACUGAAGGAGGCACAAUCAAAGGCUUUGUCAAGGUCACAGUAAACGUUCUUGAUAUAAACGACGAGACACCUUUGUUCCAAUCUCCUUCUUUUAACGUUUCCGUGAACGAAAUCGAGAGACUGGGCACCGUGUUCCUCACAGUAUCAGCAACAGAUGGCGAUGCCGGUGCGAAUAGUGCGCUGACAUAUUCCAUCGCGGCCGGAAACGAAGAAGGGUUUUUUUCGAUUAAUAACAAGACUGGAGCGAUUUCGGUGGCAAAACAGCUGGAUCGCGAAACACGUGACCAAUACACGCUGACUGUAAUGGCUCAAGAUGGGGGCGAGCCGCCCCUGAACAGUACAACCGCAGUCGCCAUUCAAGUGGAUGAUGCGAAUGAUAAUCCACCUGUCAUACAAGACGCUGUCAUUCGAGUAUCCUUGAGUGAGACUGCUGCAAUAGACACUCCAGUAGCAACAAUGAUAGCAUCUGAUAAAGACAUCGGUGCCAACGGACGCCUCAUGUACAGCAUCGAAAGCGGCGCACAUGGGCAGUUUCAGAUCAAAGAUUCGAGCAGUGGGGCGAUCAGUCUGGAUGGUAUGCUCAGCUACAAUCAGCGGAACAAUUACAUUGUGGUUGUUAACGUAACAGACGGAGGUUCCCCGGCCCUAAAGUCACGUGCUAUGGUGGUGAUUGACGUGACGCCAAAACCCCGAAACUUGACGUAUAACGUGUCAGUAUUGGAGGGAGAGGCUAACGUACAAGUGAUGGACUUGAAGCCAGCCGAGUCGCAUUUCAAUGCGUCUGGAGGAACGUUUGCCUUUUUCGGUAGUUCCGGGUCCAUGUUUUUUAUCAAUGGUACUAACCUAAGAGUUGGGUCAACUCCGCUGGACAGAGAAACUGCUGAAGAACAUGUAUUGGAUAUUUCACUCACUGAAGGAGGCAUUGUCAAAGGCUUGUUCAAGGUCACAGUAAACGUUCUUGAUAUAAACGACGAGACACCUUCGUUCCAAUCUCCUUAUUUUAACGUGUCCGUGAACGAAAUCGAGAGACUGGGCACCGUGUUCCUCACAGUAUCAGCAACAGAUGGUGAUGCAGGUGCGAAUAGUGCGCUGACAUAUUCCAUCGCCGCCGGCAACGAAGAAGGGUUUUUUUCGAUUAAUAACAAGACUUCAGCGAUUUCGGUGGCAAAACAGCUAGAUCGCGAGACACGUGACCUUUACAUGCUGACUGUAAUGGCUCAAGAUGGGGGCGAGCCGUCGCUGAACAGAACAGCUGCAGUCGCCAUUCAAGUGGGUGAUGCGAAUGAUAAUCCACCUGUCAUACAAGACGCUGUCAUUCAAGUAUCCUUGAGUGAGACGGCUGAAAUAGACACUCCAGUAGCAACAGUGAUAGCAUCUGAUAAAGACAUCGGUGCCAACGGACGCCUCAUGUACAGCAUCGAAAGCGGCGCACAUGGGCACUUUCGGAUCAAAGAUUCGAGCAGUGGAGCGAUCAGUCUGGCUGGCAUGCUCAGCUACAAUCAGCGGAACAAUUACAUUGUGGUUGUUAACGUAACAGACGGAGGUUCCCCGGCCCUAAAGUCACGUGCUAUUGUGGUGAUUGAUGUGACGCCGAAACCCCGAAACUUGACGUAUGACGUGUCAGUUUUGGAGGGAGAGGCUAACGUACAAGUGAUGGACUUGAAGCCAGCCGAGUCGCAUUUCAAUGUGUCCAGAGGAAAUUUUACCUUUUUCGAUAGUUCCGGGUCCAUGUUUUCUAUCAAUGGUACUAACCUGAGAGUUGGGUCAACUCCGCUGGACAGAGAAACUGCUGCACAACAUAUAUUGGAUAUUUCACUCACUGAAGGAGGCACAAUCAAAGGCUUUGUCAAGGUCACAGUAAACGUUCUUGAUAUAAACGACGAGACACCUUUGUUCCAAUCUCCUUCUUUUAACGUUUCCGUGAACGAAAUCGAGAGACUGGGCACCGUGUUCCUCACAGUAUCAGCAACAGAUGGCGAUGCCGGUGCGAAUAGUGCGCUGACAUAUUCCAUCGCGGCCGGAAACGAAGAAGGGUUUUUUUCGAUUAAUAACAAGACUGGAGCGAUUUCGGUGGCAAAACAGCUGGAUCGCGAAACACGUGACCAAUACACGCUGACUGUAAUGGCUCAAGAUGGGAGCGAGCCGCCCCUGAACAGUACAACCGCAGUCGCCAUUCAAGUGGGUGAUGCGAAUGAUAAUCCACCUGUCAUACAAGACGCUGUCAUACAAGUAUCCUUGACUGAGACGGCUGCAAUAGACACUCCAGUAGCAACAGUGAUAGCAUCUGAUAAAGACAUCGGUGCCAACGGACGCCUCAUGUACAGCAUCGAAAGCGGCGCACAUGGGCACUUUCAGAUCAAAGACUCGAGCAGUGGGGCGAUCAGUGUGGCUGGCGUGCUCAGCUACAAGCAGCGGCACAAUUACACUGUGGUUGUCAAGGUAACAGACGGAGGGUCCUUGGCCCUAGAGUCACGUGCUAUUGUGUUGAUUGAUGUGACGUCUACCACAGAAAACCGGAAUGGACCAGUCUUCGCAUCGGUUCAAUACAUCGGAGGAGUUUACAAGGAUACAAGUUUCGACUUCCCAGUUUUAACUGUCACUGCUACCGAUAGCGACACAGGUGUUAAUGGCGUUGUGGAAUACCGCAUCAGAGAAGUCACGGAUUUGUUUUACGUCGAGCCAAUAUCCGGGACAAUUAGGACAGCAGAUGUUUUCGCCGAUAAAGAUGAAGGGCAGUCCUUUAGCUUUUCGGUCCAGGCCUCCGAUAAAGGAACCCCGCCGAAGGAAACGAAAGAGAAAGCACAAGUAACAAUAUUUCUGCUGAGGGGCUCAAACAGCAUGGUGCUGACUUCAAACAUGAGUAAAGAUGACAUUCUUCUGAGGCGUCCAGAAUUCCUCGAGGAUAUCAAGGAGCUGAAUGGCGGUGGCCAUGUGAUCAUCAAGUCAAUCAGGCCCCGCGAGGGGAAUACGUCUAUCAUCACGAUCAAUGGCAUCAAGAAUCUCCAAGAAAUGUCUUACAACCAAUUAUUCGAUGCUUUUAAAGCGAGUGAAGGCAGCCCGAAGUACGUAAAAUGGCAGCUGACAGGACAGGGGGAGCCACCAGUGACGAGCGCGCGGACAGCUGAUGAAGAGGAGUUGUCGCCUGUCGUGAUCGCACUUAUCUUCUUGUCCGUCCUCGUGGGAGUCGCCGGAAUUGCCAUGAUUCUCAUCCUUUGCAAAAAAAGAAGGGAUGAAAGACUUCCAAGAAAACAUUCCCGCGUAACAUUCAACGAUAAACCACUCUAUAUUGACCCUGUGAGCUCAAGCGGCGGUGGAAGAGCAGAUCCCGCACAGGAGGCCCAGGAAGUAAUUGUCCACAUGGACGAAGAGACCUCAUCAAACGGCUCCAACGAUACCCACGUCCCAGUGGACCCGACCGUCCUGAACUACAUCAACAAUGCGUACGCGAACAGCAACAACGAAUCAGACACGGACUCGGAGACAUAUAUAAACCCAGACACUGGGGAAAUUACGCAUUUCGCCACCUUUUUCCCCCCGCCGCCCCCGAACGUUCCUCCCCCACCAAUUCCGGAAUCCGACGAAGAAUCGAAUGGCGAUCUGGGUACCGAAAACACGUACAUGCCAUCCGAUCAGUUUGAUGUAGAUUACGAAGUGUUUAGUCCGGCCCCGAUAGGUAACCGAGCCGUUUCGCCGACACACUCGACGGCAGACAGCACGGCCCAGCUCGUAGAUCCGACAACAUUCCGAGAAACGAUACUCCACGACCAAUACUUUGCAUUCAAUGGAAGGUUGCCGAGCAACCAGGAUAAGACUACGGAGCUGUGAGGGGAAGCAAACAAUAAAUCCAUUUCGUGGUUACUGUUGUUUACAAACGGUCACCACUGUGCACAGUUUCUUUUAUCACAAGCUUAUCAGAAAUGAGCAACAUUAUAAAGUCUUAGUUACGAGAAGAGAAAAUGACAAAGUUUUAUUUUUGUUAGAAAAAAGGAAACAAACAAUUAACAUAUUUUAAAAAGACUUGGCACGAAGCCCCCCCUCAAUAAUCCUUUGACAAGCAGCAUAAACUAAAGUAGAGUUCAAACACGGCAGACUAACGACAUGCUCAAAAUAAAGCUUGGGGCAAAAAAAUAAAUACGCCACUAAAAUUGUUUCAGAAAGACCAACUUGUUGGUUCCUUUAAAUUUAGUGAAACCUGCUGGCGAUGUUAGUGCAAUUUGACCAGUCCAUAGUCACGUGACCAACAAUCACAAAAUGAGCAGACUAGGAAUGGCAAAGGCAAAGGCUUAAUUAACCCAUUUUGUGAACGGAGGCAAUUCAGCCCCUUCUAUACUACAUUAUUACAUGAUUCAAACCUUUUCCUUUAUUUCGCUAAAAUACCUAUGAAUAAUUUACAAUCUUAAAUAACGGGGAGGGCUUGAUGUAUCAGCAGGGAAAAAGUGAUAUAACACAGGCUGUUUUACGGCGAACUGCCUUCGUUCUCGGUAUUUGACCCUUACCUAUAUGCUACUUUAUACAGAACGCGAUCUUUUUUUUUAAUGCAUAGAAUAAAAUAGAGAACGAGGAUAACAACAUAGAAUUGUGCUCACGAGAUUUUAUUAUUUUGUUAUUCUUUUCAAUCACAAUAUUGUUUUAUAGUGUGUAGGAAUAAUGCACAGCUAGAGAGAAAGCAAUUUUUAACACACACAUUAUCAUUUAUAAAGAUAUUUUAAUAAAGUGUUUUUAAGCAAAAA